GUCUUUGUUCGUGCUUCCAGAGUACAACAGAAUCUCCAUCCUCUGUUUAAUCUUUUCCAAGCUGAGGAAGGAAAGAGAAUGGGAAGAAAGGUAUUGAGCUGGAGUGGACAAGACUCGCUUCCUGGUGGUGACAUACAUUCAGAUCCCAGUAAAGGUCCCCCCUGGAGAGAUGAUAUCACUCAAUAAGACACCAGUGACGUUCAAGGAUGUGGCUGUGGAUUUCACUGAGGAGGAGUGGAGACAACUGAACCUUACUCAGAAACAGCUGUACAGAGAUGUGAUGCUAGAGAACUACAGAAAUCUACUUUUUCUAGGGCUUCCAGUUUUCAAACCAGUCGUAAUCUCUCGUUUAGAGCGAGGGGAAGAACCAUGGAGAGUGGAGAGAAAAGGCCCAGGAAGCACCCGUGCAGGCAAGUUGCUAGAGAGCUGGUCCCCUAGGAGGGGCAUGAGCAUCAUCUUCUGGAGCCUGAGGAACUGGUGGAAUCUCUAGAGGACAGUACGUGCAUGGGACCAAUGGCUGGAAGGUGAAAAGAACUCUGAUAAGUGGUUUGCAGAGGUUAGAAAGAGGGCAGGGGAUGGAUGAGACCACCACCUUGUGGGAGCUGAGGAGAGCUACAGGAAGUGUAUCUUCAGAAACCUGAGGACAGAGCUGGUGAUGAAGCACCUGAAGCUUACUGCAAGCUAGGAAAAUCUGCAGGAAAGGAGGGAUGGAAGACAGGCACAGACAGCAAUGACUACUGACCUAUUGAGAGCACCAAGAGGAAAGAGGCCACUAUCAAGGGCAAAUGCCCUUUUUUCCGGUUUUAUUUUUCAAUUAAGUAUUUUUUCUCUCCUUGCCCCCCCCCCCCCACCAUUUAAAAGGAAAAGAAAAUCCUUUUAAACAAAACAUCAGUGAAAACCGAUCACAAUAUCCCAACAGACUCCCAAUAUCCAUGCCCCAAACUGUCUCUGCAUACUGAAUCUCUUGUGUGUCUGGCAGGAGAGAGUACAGAUCAUUAUGAUCUUAAAUCUACCAGAAUUGUGUGUCUUUACUGUUAUUGUAAAAAUUGUUUGAUGAUCAGACUCCUAUAACUCUUGUGCUCUUGGCUGGCACAAGGUCCUGAAAGCCAUUAAGACUUCAUUCCCAUUGAGAUCACAGUAGUUCAUGGGUGAUAUUCUUAUCUAUGGGUUUGGAUACAAGUUCUGUAAGUGUCUAGUUAUAAAUAAAAUUGUUCAUGUUAUGAAACUUGUGAGCCUGUGUGCUUGUAAGGGGAUCUGGUGAUUUACCCUUAAGAUAUCAAAAUGAAGUUCCCAAAUCAUCGGGAGGCAAUAAGCAAGAGAAUUUAAGGGGCCCCACACGUAUACAAGAUCUUUGUGUCAGGAGAGAGCCUCAGACAAGUUUUAUCACAUGUAUUAACCUUUUCCUUUCUAGAGACACAUGGGUACAUUGAUUUCCUCACUUUUUCCCUUCAGUCACACCAAAUUUCCCAAAGUUGUAGAGAUGCUGUCAAGUCUCCCUAAAACUCUUCCCAAAAAAGUUAUUACUUUUCCCAUCUCUAAAAUGGAGCUAGCCAAAGUGACUGAUAUAUAAAUAAUGUGUCCACAAUCCUAGAUUCAGUAGGACAUUUGGGCUGUGGACCUCCAAGGAUAUAAACAUCUUCCAAAUUUGAAUCGGAUGAGCUGCUAUUUUAAAAAUAUCUAACAAGAGUAUUUCUAAAGAACAGAAUAAGAAUCUUGUAUAUGAAACUGCAAGUCUCACAGUUUGCUUUCCCUGUUAAGUUUAUAAUAAAUGAUUUCAAAAUAA